AUGAAGGUGCCAUUGAAUGAAGCAAAGAUGUGGGCCACACCAAACACUAGUCCACCAUCAAUAGUGGCAGCCCACUAUAUUCUCCUAGAAGCUGCAUAUUGCCGAGCACGCCUGAAUCCGCCAUUGCCUGUUAACUAUUUUGGGAAUUGUCGGUAUCUUAAAUUUUACCGGCUCUCCCCUUGCCUCUUAAAUAAACUAGAGGCUUUGAAAACAAAAUUUUUGGAGGAUCGAUAUAAAGAAGAGGUUUCUGCUCCAAAAUAUGUUGAAUACUUAAUGGGGUGGAUUGAAACUCAGCUUGACGAUGAGUCAAUAUUUCCACAGAACUUAGGUUCUCCAUUCCCUCCCAACUUUCACAAUGUCGUUAAAAUCAUAUCCAAGAGAAUGUUUCGUGUCUAUGCGCAUAUCCAUUGCUCACAUUUCCAGAAGAUUGUAGCUCUUAAAGAAGAAGCUUAUCUGAAUACUUGCUUUAAGCAUUUCGUUCUCUUCACUUCCGUAAAUCAUCUUAUGCAAGAAUGUGGCCUGAUAGACAAGAGAGAGCUUGCACCUGUUUCAGAGAUUGUUGAGACUAUUCUAGAAAUCUAG